AACUGCAUGGACACAAGCCUGAGGUGUUAAUGGAAAGGCACCAUUUUUCAGCUCUGGCGGGGGGUCGGCAGCACAGAGACGAGAUAACCCGAUGGGUGAUCAGGCUACGGAGGAGGCGAUGCACCUUCUUGGUGCUCAUCUCUGUCUUGCUACUUCGUACGAUGCCAUCACCACCCUUCACGGUUCAGUUCCUUUCUUUUGAACUUGACUCUCUAGGUAUUUCACCUCCUUGUCGUCAGCAUGGCGAACAUACCCAACAACUUCGCGACGCCGGCAUAUCCGGAUUUACAGCCUGCUGUUCCUCCUCGCGGAUCGUCUACUGCUCGAAACAUCUUUGACAAAACCAAGAAAAAGGUCUCCAACCUUGCAAGGAAAGACAGGCCAACAGAGAAGCCCAAGCAAAAGAACGAUCCAGAUGUCCUCAACAAACUAUCACAAAAGGAACUGAACGACUUACCUGUUGAAUUGCUGAACAAACUUGACGUCGACAGGCUUGCUCAUCUCCACUCAAACAAUCUCAAGAGAGUUUCCGAAAGCAGGAUAUGUGAAAUUCCUGUAGAUCGGGUUCGGUAUAUAGCCAACCACCAUCCGCACAGACUGGCUGUCGUGUUGACAAAAGCACCUGGGCUUAUGCGCCAUCUCAACAACAAGGAGGUCGGAAUAUUAUCAGAGCUCGAUGCACCUACAUUUCUGAAACUGCCCGAUGUGGUCAAGGAACGGCUCUCCCAAGCAUGUCCAGAGUACUACCAACGGAUGAUGUCCCAACCCCAGCAUGCUCUUCCACCCCAGCCAGCACCAAACACACAUUCUGGUGAUCCUCAUGCUCGCGCUCAGCAACCUGUGCGGUCCGCGUCGGUUCAGCCAUCACCUUCUGACGCCCCGGUUCUUCCUCCUGUAAAUUUUACCACAGGUCCUCGAAUGGAUGCGACUCCGGACGCCUAUUCACCGGUGAAUGCCACUCUUCAAGCGCCGUUCAGCGGUUCCCACCCCGAACAUGUAACACAAUUCCCGCCACCAUCAACCACGAUCAGUCCCCCCACCUAUUCACUUCCACACAACACCUACCACUCACAAUUUUCACGAUAUCCCCUGUCUUCUUCCAGCCCUCCCCCUUCCUCUAACUCCCCAAUUAACGGACUGCCUGUCAGUCAGACGUCUUUCGGUACGCCCGCUGCAACUCUCGUCACUCCUUCAAUGUCCUUGGGGCUCUCAAGGUCCUCCAGUCCAACGGGAUAUUUCAAGCCAAACCCUCAGUCUUAUUCAGGUCUCCAAGGUCCCUUGAACCAAAAUGGCAACAGACCAACACUACAAGAUUCUACAGGACCACCCCCAGCCGUCCCACCUAAAAGCAUCGCCCAUCACAGCUUUGAGAUGGCCCUUCCAAGCACCCAGGCUCAAGGAGAACUGAGCUUGCCUAUCCAGAACCCAGACCCUCAGAGCUUCCGGGCACGCCAACAAUCCCAAAUCCAAGGAGAGCCUGCUGAUCAACUUACCAAGGAUGAGAGAAUCCGUGACCUGGAGGCUCAGGUCGAGGCCUGGAAGAUUGAGAAAACCACCUUGACCCAGAAGGUAGCAAGCUUGACGGAGAGUUUGGAAAGCGAAAGAGAACGUUUGGAGAGCGAAAGGAAGAGCACAGGUACUCUCCACCAGAACAUCGGUUCCCUGAAAAACGAGAAGGCGCGACUGGAAAAUGAGAAGAAGCUGGUCGAGGAUGAGAAACAGCGAGUGGAACACGAGAGGGACGUGCUUGAGAGGGAACAGAUCAAAUUGGAAGGAGGGAUCAAGAAAUACUUGGCUGCUAAGAAGUGGAAAGGCCUGGAGCAACAAAAGACCGCUUUUGACAUGAUCAUUGACUACUGUAACGAACAGCUCGCCUCAGUGGCAGAUUGGGAGGACUACAACAAAGAGCAAACGGCACGGGUCGAGAAAAUCAAGUUGGAGAAUGAACGCUUGGUGCAGAAUUUGAAGGACCAAGACGAGCUCAUUGCAGAACGCAACAAAUGGUGGGGGGAAUUUCAGGCCUUGGACAACCGUCUCAAGCAACUAAACCCGGAGCACGAACGAAGACUUCAGGAAGAGAAAGACAGACACCAGCUCCAGCUCCAGGAGGAGAGGAAGCGGCAUCAUCACAGGUUUAAUGCGGAGAUCGGCAAGCUUAAUACGGAAAUAGAGGCCUUGAAAAAGAAACUCGACAGUCAUAAGGCCGAUCAACUUGCUGCGACGGAGAAGGUCCGAACAACGCUUCAAGCCGAGAUCGACACACUGCGACAGGAGAAGAACAUAAUGCAGACACAGUACCAAUCGUACAAGGAUGCCCACAACCAAAAACUCCAGAGGCUGACGGAGGAGCAUGAGGUGGCUUUGAGCCAGCAAAAGAUCGAUCACGAACAGAAGAUGCAAGCAUUCCACGCUCAAUGUCAAGACCUCAUCAACCAAGUCGGUAUACAGUGGGAACUCAACAAACAACAAGCUGUCAAGGAUCUCGAGAACAAGGUCCGCUUGCUGGAGAGCAGCCUGGUCGACAACUCGGACGACUAUCGGCCGGCAACCGAUGAUCACCUUCAAGUCGACUUUGACCAGCUCAAUCUCGACAUCAGCAAAAUAACGCAUAACUUGCCUGCGGUUGACUUUUUCCAGGUCAACCAACUAGACCCUGGCGGGUUUUUGGAGAGGGAAGGGAGGGAUCAGCUGAGGUUCCUGCUGCAGGGCAUCUUCUGGGAGCACAUGAUGUAUGGCUUCUUUUCUGCUCCUUUCGGGCUCGGUGCCUUGGGUCCCCAGCAGGGGAAGCAGAGGCUUCUUGAAGUCUGGAUCGCCUACCGCAAAUUACUUGGGACGGAGAAGUCUGAGGUUCGCUUGCCCAUUGGGGAGUAUGACAUGGCAACGAUUGAAGAAGACUACGUCAAUUUCCUCCGGAAUGACAAGGAGACCAACAAAUGGAGAUCGUCCACCUUCCAGGCCGUCAUGGCGGCCUUGCUACCGAAGAAGGACAAAGCUCACUCGCCUUUGUCCGACUACCUGAGCUCGCCAUUCUUCCAGAACCGCAACAAUGUCCGCGAAAAUAUACUAACAGAACUUCGCCGCAUAUGCGUUGGUGGAAUCCCGCAAGCCAUCGAACAGACGGUUGAGAAGAUGGUGUUCAAGGCCAGCGAACUUGCUCUCCAAUUCGGGAUGCAACGGUCAGAGCUUGGCCUUAUGUUUCCUCAAAGGAACACCUUGGUUCUGCUAGGUCAAGAUUUUGUGCUUUGCUAUGACAAUGAUGCCGAGCAUGGGAUGCAGAAGCCCGUGUUCCUCAGCGUAUCUCCGAUGUGCUACAAGACAGGUGAUGGGAGGAAGGAUACCACAACUACGAAGGUGAUCUCGCCUGGACAGAUAUAUCCACACGCCCAGUAGAAGGUUGGGAUCCCGUUCAGGUCAAGUACGAGUUGCAAGUCGGGUCGUCGGGUUCAUGGGUGGUUGGUUGGCGACUAGGUCCUCAACGCAGAUUGCUGCCUUAAUUCACGUCGCCUAGUUAGACAGGUGCUUCGAUUAUUGUCUCAGAGUCCAACAUCUUUCAUCAUUUAAUCUUGACCAUCUUUACGUGGUCUCAUAUUUCACACGAAAGACUCA